AAUUUCCCUGAUUCUUAUCUGUUAUUCUUCCCUUCUUUGAGCUUCUACACACACGCACGAGAUACCCCCUCCCGAUUUCCCGCCUGCUCGCUCCUGUUUCUCCCUCACCUCUUUUUCCUCCUAUCCCCUCGACCCUCUCCUCCUCGACCUUUUCCGCUCCUCUUCCCAAUUGUCCACCCGCCCCCCCCCUCCCCCCUUCCCCUCCUCUCCCCGGUUUCACCAUGCAAAAGCUCGCCAACAUGCGUCACUGGCCCGAGAGGAUGAGCCCCAAUUUCGGCAUGUCGUCGAGACCGAACAUGAACAUGACCGCCAUCAACCCGCACCAGAAGGCCGGAGCUCCGGGAGCUUCGCUGAGUCCCUCGCCAGCCGCCGACUCCACUAUUCACUUCGCUUUCAACGUUCCCUUCGCAUCCGAUCUCGCCGGCCCUAACACCGAGGAGAUCCUCCAUGCCACUGGCGAGGCCGUUUUCCGUUGGACACACCCUGGCGACGUGCCCGACGACGUGCCCGUCUACGAAUUGCCCGUUCAUGCCCAAAAUCUGAACAAUUUGCGAAACCUGUGCAGGGAACUCACCAAGGGCCCGCUGCCAAUUGAGGCUCACGUCGUCUCGAGCGUGCCCAAGGGUUUCAAGUCGCAGGUCACCACUGUCUGUCUCUCGGGGUCUCCUGAACUCGUCCACAAGAGCCGUGAGACGAUUUUGAGCGAUACCCCCCUAGCGCUGAGGUGCACUACCGUCGACGUAGACUAUGAAUUGAUCGUCGAUUCCCAAGCUGGCACGCUGCAGAAGAAUGUCACCGACGCUCUAGACACCUUUGCCGUGUUCUGCGGGGUCGAUAUUUUCAUUCUAGGUCCCAAGCUCACGCCUACGGUCGACGGCCUCAAUGGCGACGUCGAGGUCAUCCGAGACCAGAGAUGGCGGGUGGCCAUCUACGGCGACAUCGAGUCCUCCGAACACGCCAAAACCCAGGUCCUGAUAUUCAUCGACAAAUUGCUCGGGCGUGAGCUGGACAUGAUGCGAAUCGAGAGCACGCUGCACCCAAUCGUGUGUGGCCGCUCACGUAAGAAUAUCAAGCUGAUCGAGUCGGUGACCAAUACGGCCAUCUAUUUCCCGCCAUUCGCCCAACUCCACCGAUACUGCCCGCCGAACGCCACCCGUCGAAAUCCCGAAGAGAUUUUCAUCAGCGGCGAGAACCCCCAGGGCAUAGAGCUGGCCAAGCGUAAGAUCCACGAGCUGGUGAACAGGACGAAGCUCUUCAUGAAAGAUGCCGUGGUUUCCCCCGCAAAGAUCGACAGCAUCCUGCUGGGCCGGAUGGAUAAGGUCCGAAAGAUUAUGGAGACCAACGGCACCUACAUAAUGUUCCCGCCGCUGGCCUCCCAGCGUAACAUGAUUCGAGUCCAAGGGGUGGAGGGUCUCCAGAUUGAGCGCACCAUGAAGGAGAUCAUGUCCCUCGCUGGCCAGUUCUACUACGCGUCGUGGUGGGUCCAGCAAGGCGCCAUCGCGCAGCUCCCGAAUCCCCACGAGAUCCGUACGAUGCUCGGCGAUAUCUGCGCCAAUUCCGACGCGGAUAUCUCUUUCGACAAGAUGACCUUCACGAUCACCGGCUCCGACGACGCCGUGAAGCAGGCUUUGGCUGUACUUUCACAGAUCAAGUUCGUGAACCAGACCCAGAACCAGAUUCGAGUCAAGAUUGAGCUUGCCAACGAGCACAAGGAAUUCGUGUCGGGCAAGAAGAACGGCAAGAUCAAUAAGAUUAUGACGCAGAGCAAUGUCCAGAUUAUAUUUGACAGCUUCCGGGAAUACAAUUUCGACAUUGACGUCAUCGCACCGACCUACGACUCGAUGAAGCAGGGCAUGACGUUGGUAGAGCAGGAGAUGCCCGCCUCCAUCUCCUUUCACGUUCCUGACCAGUACCACAAGCGAAUCAUUGGCAUCGGCGGGCAACACAUCCAGCGGAUCAUGAAGAAACAUUCCGUCUUCGUCAAGUUCUCCAACGCCAUGGAUCGCGGAGGCAUGGGUCGCGAGGACGACGACGUCAAGGUUGACAACGUCAUCUGCCGGACUCCCGCCCGAAACGCUCAGAACCUUGAGCUGGUGAAGACGGAGAUUCUCGACAUGGUGGAUAGAGCCCAUUCCGAGUUCACAUCUCAGAUUGUGCACGUGGACCGCCUGUACCACCGGCAGCUUAUCGCUCGUCUACAAGAGAUUGAGGAGCUCGAGAAGAAGUGGAAUUGCAAGAUCGUCUUCCCCAGCACUGAGCAAGCAAGCGACGAGGUGACCGUUACCGGCCCAGAAUGGCAGGUGCCUCUAUGUGCUGACGAGUUUCUGGGCAUGGUUCCCGAAACACACGAGUUGAUUUUGACCCGCACUUCGUCCCUCGUCAAGUUCGUCGAGUCUCCUAGAUUCGUCAACGAACUAGUGUCGAAGCUCAAGUUGCAGCAUGAAAUUACGCUCGAGGUGCACGAGAAUCCUGAGGAGAAGACUGACGACGGCCAACGCACUGUGACCCUGCUUUGGAAGCUUACCCGCAACAACACCGGUGGCCUCCGUGACGCCAUCGAUUUUCUCAUGCAGCAGUUGGCAGCCGCAAGCGUCGACGCUACGAUUGUCAAAGGAGCUAUCCCCCGCCCGAAGUCGGAUUCGUUUGAGGAAUCGCUGCAGUACUUUGAUUCCAAGGUGCUCCAGCAGGCCGUUACCAACAUCGGCACGGAUUCGCCCACGAAGGCAGCCUUCGGCGAGGAUAUGUCGCAACAGCGGAGCUCGACUAUUUUCGACAAGCUCCGAAAGCCCUCUCAGCUUUUAUCCUCCCUCGAUCGCAGAAAGAACAGCUCUCAUUCGAUGAACACCUUCUUCAAGGGAUCGAACAAUGUGUCGAAGUCGUCUCUGAUCUCGAUAGACUCGACUCGCAGCUUCAACGCUGACCGUAACCCCUGGAACGAUAGCGGCGUUAAUCUUCCGGAUGAUGACAGCAAUCCCUGGUCGAGCCGGCAUUUUAGCAACGGCUUCGACAGCAAACUAACGCCCGGAAACAUUCCGCACGGCGGCGACAUCACGCCGCGUCACAACACGCGCGCGUCCGGCGACAGCGGCCGGCCUUCGACUUCUCAUUCCACAAAUUCAGGAUACCCUGGUCCGAUUGGACCUUAUCGUUAGAUUCCGUCUUUUAGAAGCUCUACGUGCAAUACCCCCUUCCCCCCCCCUUCCGGCUGGAUAUACCCUGGCGUGCAAAUACCCGAUCCUAUGAUCAUGCAUCGGUCGGCCCUGGUUUCCUUUUUUCCUUUUUUUUCCUUUUUUUAUUUAUUUUCAACCAUCGUCCUCCUCCUGCCUCAUUUUUAUCUCUGCCGGGUGGUUUCCCUUCCUCCUCAAUCGUCCUCUCUUUUUUCACGGUUUCAAGUUUACGUCUUCCGAUCUUUUUCGUUCCACCCUUGCGGGAGGUCAGCACAUGACAG